CUCCCAGUAGCGAUCAUUCUGCUCUCGCGAUCGGAUCGGAAAAUCGGAAAGUGAUCACCUCAGCACCCUAGAAUUCGUGGAACAGCCGGUCCGGCUAUGCAUGCGCAGCAUGAUGUCUGAUGCCAUCGCCACCAUCACCAGCGAUACGGUGCAGCACAAGGAAUAAUCCAACAAAGUGGCAGUGAUUUCGAUCGAUGCGAUCAAAUUCGGAGUGCGUGCAAGGCUCGGCGCAUUCCUACCUACCAAGCUAGUGUUGUUGCACUGUGAAGCUACUGCGUGUUUUUAAUCACCGGAAAGGCCCUCUCGCUAUUGGCUCGCAGGCGCUCAGUCCCCAGUUCGGUUAGGACCGAACUACGUUGUGUAAAAUACGAGUGAUUUAUAAAUUUAGAAUCUCAUCAGCUCGGUUACGCUGCAGGCCAGCGGGCACGGACACACUACUGCUACUGCUGCUGGUUGGCUGGCUGGCUGGCUGGCCGCACAGGCGUUUCGCAGUCACAGCGGGCGUCAUUUCCCCCCAAAAAGUUCCCAUCCCGUGCCAUACCUAGUGCCGUGCCUUCGCAUUUCGUAAGACACGGGCAAAUGUGAAAGCGAUACCGACGCAUUAACGGAGUGACAUCGAGACGACAUCAUCAUCGUCGAGUUUCGCGCCAUCCUUUAUUGCAUCCAGAUAGUCUGCGGUACGACGGUGUUGUGUCCCGGGCAAAUGGUCUCUCCCUGUAUCCCGCCAUCUAUUACCGGUGUAUCUGUGUAUAGCAAGUGUUACUGGUGUGGUUGGAAUAGCGCCAGUGCGUAAGUAACUUCUGGGCGGCGGCAGCAGCAGCAGCACCACGAAACCCAGCAUGUGACUAGUUCGUGUACAUAUAUUUGGCGAUAGCGUUGCUCUACAAUGUACUCAACUCGAGCUAACCGUGAAAUCCAGCAUCUCUACGGAUAGUGCACUCCUAUAGACAGUGAUCAGUGCAUUGUGAUCGUUAGUGUCUAUUGGGGAAUAGUUGAAGAGACUUCACACUGAAACCUUACGACUGGCAGCUGCAGCAGCAGAAGCAGCAGGGUAUGUAAUGCGGAAAGGCGUCACCGUUGUAUUUUCAAGUGAUACGCGCGCCUACCUCCUUCUUGGCAACAAUCUCGUAAAUAAGCCAAAUGCUACGAUUAUGGGCAAGCAGAUAUGAUGCUAGCAUAGAAGCAGUACCGUGAACAACGCAGAAGAUCAACAACAGAGACAACAGGGACAAACCCCCGGGUGGCGUAAAAUGUCGUCGUCCAAGAAAUCGAGUGGAACCACUAUCCACAAGAUCCGCGAGUUCGAGCUGGAUAAGGUGGUGCUGUCGGAUGAGUUCGACAUACUGCAGAUCGUCGGUGAAGGUUGGUUCGGCAAGAUACUGCUGGUGGAGCACCGGGCGACCGAUACCGAGAUGGUGCUGAAGCUGCUACCGAAGCCGUUCGUUUCGCUGACGGACUUUUACAAGGAGUUUCACUUUAGUCUGCUGCUCGGUCAGCACAAGAACAUCGUGACCACGUACGAUGUGGCGUUCGAGACGGCUGGCUUCUACGUCUUUACUCAGGAGUAUGCGCCGCUCGGUGAUCUGACAUCCAACGUUUCCGAUAGUGGAAUAGGAGAGCUACAUACAAAGCGCGUCGCUAGGCAGUUGGCUUCCGCCAUUGACUACAUUCAUCAAAAAGAACUGAUACACAGAGACAUCAAGCUGGACAAUGUGCUGGUAUUUCGGUCGGACUUUGCACGCAUCAAGCUCUGUGACUUUGGUGAAUCGCGACGAUUAGGCGAGGAGGUGCUCCGACGCAACGAGUGGCUACCGUACAGUCCACCGGAAGUGUUGAUCGUUAAAACAGAUGAUAAAUACAAGACUGACACGGCCCACGAUGUGUGGCAGUUUGGAAUCGUGUGCUUCGUAUGCCUGACCGGUUGCUUACCGUGGCAGAAGGCCUCAAUCGAUGACCCACGGUAUAACCGAUAUCAGCAGUGGCACCAAGCGACACUAACCUUCCCGAUGAAGCGUUGCCCGAAGCUGUUCAAGCUACUGUCGGCUCGGGCGUGCAAACUCUUCAAGAAGUUUCUCGAUCCUCGCUCCGAUCGGCGCCUGAAGACGCUGAGCGAUCUGCAAAAGUUCCUCGACGAUCGGUGGCUGGCAAAGUCGGCCGAGAAGGAGAUGGCCGAGAAUGAACCGGAUGAGCUGUGCCCCUCGAUGUACUCGUUCCACAGUAGUGUCGAGGAGAAGAACAAACUACUCGGUACGUUGGCACAGUGUGGCAUCGAGACGACGGUAGACCGGGCGGCCAAGAAGAACCGCAUUCGGGAUUGGAUUCAAUCGUCGGUGAUCGUCGAAGAGGAGGAAGAGGAUGAUUCCGGUACCGCGACACCUUCGUCGACAGUUUCGCGGACGGCCGUUCCGGGGCAUGUCUCGUCGGUGGCCGCCCUGGAACGGGCAGAGAAGAAGAUCAACUCCACCGUUAAGGAAGCUUCGAACAAGCAUAUCGAUCCACGGACCGGUACCAUCCAGUUAGGUCCGAGCGAGAUGGGAUCCGUCAGUGUCAAGGACAGUGAUAAGAAUAAUAACAACAGCAACAGUAACAGUACGCCACCCAACAUCAAUGGCCACACGAUCUCGGCCACCGUAGGUACCGGUAAGGGUGGUCUCCUAUCGGCCACGCACGGACUGGUCAAGGGUGCAUUUACCUCGGUAGCAGCCGUCACCGUACCGGAGGCGAACCGGAACGGUACAUUCGGCAAGAAGGGCUCGGUAAAGGACAGUAGUGGCUAUGGUAGCUCCAAUGGGAACCGGCAACCCCAGCAUCUACCGAACACCAAAUCACCGACGCUACCGAAACGGUCAACCUUCAUCCGAUCCGAGAGCAAUCCGUACGAGGAACCGGAAUCGGCGGACGAAAGCCGUGAUAGCCAGAGUCUGGAGUUUGACGAACUGGAGACCGAUCGUGGAUCGAACGGUUUCAUUAAUGCGCUCCCGGAGAAGCGACCGGUCGAAAGGAAGCCGGAAAGCACCUACGAGCGUACUUUCUUCUUCCGGAGGAAGUGACCAACACCCUAUGGCCCUCCCCAAAAGCCAUCCCCUCAUCCCCAUUUUUCCUCUACCUUCGAGGGCAAUCAGCGUGGUUUCGAUUGGAGUUUCAUUCAAUGCACACACACUCACACACACACACACGCACACAGGGCACUGGAGUGACGUUUGGCGUUCUUCGAUCUAGCGGCAUUAGACAUCACCAUCGGGCACCACCAAGUAGCUGCACCUUCUGUUCCCACGAUUGCCAGCUGGUGAAGGUGGACAUAAUGUGGACCAUAAUGUUAUAAGGAACCAAAUAAAUUCUAGUUAUUUUUAAAACAUUCGAACAAAGAUA